CCGACAACGCCAAAACACAUUCAAGAUGGGUCGUCUUCACUCCAAGGGAAAGGGCAUUUCGUCCUCCGCUCUCCCCUACUCUCGCACUCCUGCCGCCUGGGUUAAGACCACCCCCGACCAGGUUGUCGAGCAGAUCUGCAAGCUCGCCAGAAAGGGUGCUUCCCCCUCCCAGAUCGGUGUUGUCCUCCGUGACAGCCACGGCAUUGCCCAGGUCAAGACCGUGACCGGUAACAAGAUCCUCCGUAUCCUGAAGUCCAACGGCCUUGCCCCCGAACUCCCUGAGGAUCUGUACCACCUUAUCAAGAAGGCUGUUGCUGUCCGCAAGCACCUUGAGCGCAACCGCAAGGACAAGGACUCCAAGUUCCGCCUCAUUCUCAUCGAGUCCCGUAUCCACCGUCUGUCCCGCUACUACAAGACCGUCGGUGUUCUCCCUCCCACCUGGAGAUACGAGAGCUCCACCGCCAGCACCAUGGUCGCCUAAACGAUCGGCAACCCAAUUGUUUAGCAAAAACCGUUGUUACCUGGUGUGAUCGGUUCGUCGGUUCCAGGAUCCCGCCGCUCUAUCAUUUCCUCCUAUGCGCUGUUUCUCGUUCUGGAAUGGACGUUUUCGGCACGUAGGUGAGCCAGGCAGGCGCCCAUUAGCCCCAGCGGGGGGGGGUUGGAUCAGUAUUUAGUCUUGGCUAGAUGUCCGAUUUGCCUGUGAUCAUGGCCGCGAGUCUAAAAUUAAAAAG